AUGAGUCUACAGAAGUCUAAAAAAGUGCAUCAAGUUGAUGAAUCGAAAUCUGAUUCUGAAUCUGAGAGUGAUGAAACAGCAUUGUUUUAUACAACACAAAAAAGAAAAAGUGAUGUUAUAUGGGUUCAUCCCAAAGUUGAGGGUAUUGAUUUUCCUAUGGAGCUGGACACAGGUUCUGCACUAUCCAUAAUAUCCACAGAAUUUUAUAAUAAACAUUUCAAACAUUUACCAUUACAAUCAACAAAAGUAGUAAUGAAAACCUACACAGGCGAGAAAAUUAAGCCUAAAGGUUUGAUAACAGUUGAAGUGGAGCAGAAUAGUCAGAAAGAACAACUGGAGUUGUACGUUAUUGAGAACGGAGGACCUCCGCUAUUUGGACGUUCCUGGUUGGAGAAAAUUAAACUAGAUUGGAUGGAAAUCAAGAAUCUGUCAUCAGUUGACGUGGAAAUUAGAAAUGAACUCAAAGAUACUUUGGAUCGACACAGUGAUGUGUUUAAAGAUGCACUUGGCACAGUGAAAGGUAUGGAAGUGAAAUUCAGUAUAAAUGAUGAUGCAUCGCCAAAAUUCAUAAAAGCUCGUCCUGUACCAUACUCCUUACGUAAACCAGUUGAUGAUGAAAUUGAUCGUCUAGUCAAAGAAGGCAUUCUUGAAUCAGUUGAUUUCAGUGACUGGGCAACACCGGUUGUCCCAGUCGUAAAGAAAAACGGUAGUGUCAGGCUAUGUUGUGAUUUCAAGGUUACCAUUAAACCUGUCUUAAAUUCAGUCCAGUAUCCAUUGCCACGGAUUGAAGAUUUGUUUGCUACACUAUCAGGUGGAAAACAGUUCAUUAAAAUUGACUUGGCUAAUGCAUAUCAACAACUGAAAUUUGACAAAGAAGCACAAAAGUACUUGGUCAUAAAGGCUCUUGCGUUAGUGUUUGGUGUGAAAAAGUUCCAUCAGUAUCUGUACAGUCGGAAAUUCACUCUCGUUACUGAUCAUCGUCCACUCACGAAAAUAUUUGGUUCAAAAACGGGAAUUCCAACAUUGGCAGCAGCUCGUUUGCAACGGUGGACUAUUUUCUUAGCCGCUCAUGAUUAUGAAAUCGUGUAUAAAAACUCUGAAAGUAAUGCAAAUGCGUAUGGACUUUCGCAACUACCACUGAAGUUUGCACCAAAUGAAAAAUGUCACACCGUAGAUAUAUUCAAUAUUUCACAAAUUGAACGCUUGCCAAUCAAAGCAGAUGACAUUCGGAAAUAUACCCGAAAGGAUCCAACAUUAUCCAAAGUGUUGGACUUGAUCCAGACUGGUUGGUACAAGACACAAGAUCCAGCAUUACAGCCAGACUUCAUUCGUAAAGAUGAACUUACAAUUCAUCAAGGUUGCUUGAUGUGGGGCAUGCGUGUGAUUGUACCACCCAAACUUCAAUUACAAGUUUUGGAAGAACUUCAUAGUGCUCACAGUGGAAUUGUGAAAAUGAAGGAACUUGCAAGAAGUUACUUUUGGUGGCCUAAACUUGAUUCUCACAUAGAGGAUUUGGUUGAGUCAUGUGAAGAGUGUCAGCAGAUUCAGAAAAUGCCGGGACCAGCCCCAUUGCAUCCAUGGUCUUUUCCUGAUGCUCCAUGGAAAAGGUUGCAUAUUGAUUUUGCCGGACCUUUUCAUGGCCACAUGUAUUUAGUUGUGGUUGACUCUCAUUCUAAAUGGCCGGAAGUGUUUAUCAUGAAAACCACAACUGCAGAGAAGACUAUUGAAAUUUUGAGAGGAUUGUUUUGUCGUUAUGGUUUGUCCUUGCAAAUUGUCAGCGAUAAUGGACCACAGUUUGUUUCAGCGAGUUCAAGUACUUUCUAG